CCAGCCUCGCCUCAAUCCCAUCUUAUCUGCUCCAGCUUUGUUUGUGUCACUACUCCAUUCGUCCAUCCAUAUCAUAACCAGCUCCCCACAUGUCGACGCGCUCCAUAUCCAGGACACCUUCGAUGGCCAGCCUCCCCGGGACGCCCUACAGCUUUGGCGGCGAGGAGGGGACUAAUGCCAAACUCCAGCAUCUCGCGACGCAGUUCGUUACUCACACGGUGACCACUCGCGCACAGCUCAAGGCACUCGGCGAGGAAGUCAGCCAGAUUUUAAAGAUGCAGGAAGAGGUGAAUUCUCUGGCGCGCGCACAAGAGUCUAGGCGCCAGAACCGCGUGCGUGCGCUCGCUGGCUUGGAACUGGUCCCCAUCACUCUCCGCGAUCCACCACCGAAACUUCCCGCGAUCUCUUCGCUUUCGGCGUUAGAGAAGAUGUCCGCCUCCGAGCUCACGGGCUGGUACGGGUACUACACCUCCGCGUCCACUCCGCCUCCCAGAGAACGACAAACCCUUAUUGCCGCACUCACCGCUGAGAUCGGCCUCUCGCCGCCCCCACCGCCUUCUUACGCGCAGGCUACCACACCUAUGCAGGUAGUCGCUAAGCCUGUUGUCUCCUUAGCCCCAUCGCCAGUGUUUUUGAAAUGGGCGGCUGUGCUGGGCGUGCUAGUUGCCAUCCUUGGCCUGAGCAUCGUCAACCGCGAUAAUGGCGCGCUCCAGAACAUACUGCAACAGAUCGUCCAGAUUAUCGGCCAGUACCUUCUUAAGACAAGCCUGUUCGUGCAGAACGCCAGUGUCAAAAUGCUCGCGGGUGCCGAAGCAUGGGGGUCGGCGCUGCGCGCAACGCGGGUCGGCACUGUACGUCUCGACAACCCCGCGUGAGGCAAGACCAACGAGUUUGUCAAUCGCCGGACCAAUGUUCUUAGAUUCAUAGAUGUUGCUCAUAUGGUGUAUGUACAGAUCGCAUCG